AGUUUACACUAAAAUCUUUCCCGGGAAAAAAAAUGAUGAUGACGAUUAUUCUUUCAGUAUAACGGAUGUCCCUAUAUUUUCUAUAUCCACCAUUACACGCGGAUUACAAUAGGUCUUUUAUUGCUGCACCGCGGGGUAGCCAGCCCUUGGAUUGUCUGACAAGCUUUAGAGAAACGAAGCCUUGGCAUAUCUCAUUGAUUUCUUGCUUUUCAAAGAUCUUGGUGAAGUAUAACACAGAAGGGGGGCUUUGACAGAGAUAUGGUCGAACGAAAUCUUUGCACGGACAUUUCCACGAAGCAGUUCCUACUUUUCACUGACAAUACCGCAACUUGAUACCGCUAUCUUUUUGGGUAAUUAACAGUUCAGCUGGGAUAAUUAAUUAGGAUGCAGGCAAGGGAUUCGGAAGAUCGCAGAUGAUUUUUACAGAGAGAAGAAAUUCAUGCCUCGGUGUUUAUGGAUUCUGUUUAAUUAAUAUUAAUUGAAUUCAACGAAAUCCAGCCUUUUGAGGAGAAAAAUGGUUUUGAGGAGAAUAAUGGAAUCAGUUAUUCUUCAUUAAACUUUGUUCUGAGAUACUGAACAAUCUCAAAAGUAGUGUCGGAUAUUUUUAAAGUAUGGACAAACGAGGGAGCGAAAUGACCACAUCUCGCGGAAAAGAAAACACUGGACAAGGAGAAAAGAAGGAUUUGUUCGUGGAGUACACAACAGACAGACGGACAGGGUGUUACCUCAGUCGUUUCCAAGUGUCCUGUCUGAUUCUAGGAAACUUGUUUAUUCUGUGCACGGCCGUAGCUCUAGUAGCGUUCGUGAAGAAAGAACGCGUCAUCUACGGGACUUCAAUGCCUGACGCAUUGUGCAGCUGUGAGACGCCCAAACCUUACGCCAACGCGACGCUAGAAUAUUACUACGUCAAAAACCAAACGGCGUCCGUGACGGCGUGGUCCGAGAACCUAGUAGAAGUUGAAAACACAACCCUAGCGAACGGCUCUGUAAGACAGGAAAAGGAAGAAACCAAAGUCAUUCCGGAAGAGGAAGUCGUCGCCCCAGCAUACGAGCCAUGGAAGAUAAUUCGACUUUCGAGAGACCUCUUGCCUCUUCUGUACGAUAUUUAUCUAAAAGUGGAUCUAGAAAAAUUAACGUACCGGGGAAGCGUAGACAUGUAUCUGCAUUGUACCAAAAAUUCACGAUUUAUUAUAUUUCACAUUUCUCAUCUUUACUAUGAAAAGAAUUCUGUAAGAGUUGUCAAUAAUGCUACCUCGCAGGACUUAGAAAUCGUCACACAAUUCCGUUACGCUAGAAACCAGUUUUUCGUCAUUGAGCUCCGUUCGGAACUCUCGGCAGGGACCGUGUACAGAGUGAGCGUCGGAUAUUACGGGUACUUACACGAGGAUCUGAGGGGAAUUUAUCUCAGCAAAUACGUGACUCCUAGCGGGGAAACCAGACGUUUAGCGGCGACACAGCUACAGUCCACAGACGCCCGGAAGUUAUUCCCAUGUCUUGAUGAACCGGAUAUGAAAGCUGCCUUCCGGUUGACACUCACGUACCAAGAGGAGUAUGAAGCUAUCAGCAAUACGCCCCGGAAAUCGGAGUGCAUGGAGAACGGAUGGAAGACGACCACGUUUCAGACCACGCCCAUCAUGUCCACCUACCUCCUUGCCAUUGUUAUCUCAGACUUCGCUCACAGAGAGGUUGUCCUUGAAAACGGAUAUGACAUUCGAGUUUGGUCUCAGCCGGAUAAGAUAAAUCAGACAGAGUAUGCAAUAGGAAUAAUCAGCCAAUGCUUCAAAUUCUUCACUGAAUAUUUCAACAUCACAGACGUCCUCAACAAGACUGAUCACGUGGCGGUCCCGGAUUUCAGUGGCGGUGCCAUGGAGAAUUGGGGUCUCGUUCUUUAUCGCGAGACCGCGCUACUUUACGAACCUGGUGUAUCAUCCAGUGAGAACAAGCUAAUGGUGACGUUGAUUAUAGCUCAUGAGGUUGCCCAUACGUGGUUCGGUAACAUGGUUACGAUGGCGUGGUGGGAUGACCUCUGGCUCAAUGAAGGCUUCGCCAGCUUGCUGAUGUAUUUCGCUAUGGAUGCAAUUUAUCCAGAAUGGAAUGUGUUUACUUUAUCUGUUGUUGCCAAAGAGGUAUUUCCUGUAAUGGUAAAAGACGCCCUUACUACGUCACAUCCGGUCUCGACUCCAAUAGCUACACCAGACGACAUAGCAGAAUCAUUUGAUUCUAUAUCAUAUAGCAAGGGGAUGGCCGUGCUUAGAAUGCUGAUGGGUUUCGUUGGUAAAGAAGACUUUCAGAAGGGGCUCAGGAUGUACGUCACCAAAUACAAAUUCCAGAACGCCAAAAUGGAACAACUCUGGGAUACGUUCAGUGAGGCAGUGGAUAACCAGUAUGACAUCAGAUCAGUGAUGACGACAUGGACACGUCAAAUGGGAUAUCCGGUAAUUACGAUGCGCGCGCAGGCUGACUUCUUUCAUCUGACCCAAAACAGGUUCCUUUUAGACAAUAAUAAUGAGACGGACGUUAACGGUAGCUCAGACAGUUUUACAUGGGUUGUGCCGUUUACAUAUAUAACAGAGGAUGAUGACGAAGUACAGUUAAUCUGGAUGAAUGAAUCAUCAGCUGUGAUUCCUAGGACUAAGGACAGAUGGAUAUUGGCGAAUCAUGAAUUCAUAGGAUUUUACAGGGUCAAUUACGAAGUCAGCAUGUGGGGAAAGCUAGCCGAGCAACUGCAUUUAAAUCAUUCUGUAUUUCCUGAGGCAAACAGGGCUGGACUAAUAGGAGAUUCCUUCAAUUUAGCAAGAGCUAAGCUUCUUCAUUAUGACGUAGCCUUGAACAUGACGACAUACCUGAAACACGAACGAGGCUACGCCCCGUGGACUGCAUUCAUGGACUCGGUUGAGUACAUCCGGAGCUCAAUAUCAAAGUCGGGGGCAUAUGUUCUCAUGCAGAAGUAUCUUCGUGACCUGGUGGCGCCUGUAUACGACUCGCUGGAUAUGACAAUGGAGGGGGUGCUUCCGGAGAGAUACUUACGUCAGAUCAUCUUAAAGCUUGCGUGUGAAGUUGGACACAAGAGGGCUCUAAAAUACGCCAAGGAGAUGUUCAACCGUUGGAUGCGCGAAGGAAUGACACUACCCAGCGACUACUCCGCGGUGAUCUACACGGUGGGGGUGAUGGAGGGAGGCCUAGAGGAAUGGGACUAUGUCUGGAACAGGUCACAAGCAACCAACGUGGCCGUGGAGAGGGAGAUGCUGAUGAGCGCACUUGGACAGUCCCAAAAACCAUGGCUACUGUGGAGGUAUGCGAACUGGAUUUUCGAUCCCGACCGGAUUCGAAUGCAAGACGUAAGAAUGGUGAUCAGUUAUCUGUCAAAGCGCCCCCUAGGAAGGAUGAUCUCCCUUCAUUUACUGAUGACGAAGUGGGAUAAAUUGAACGAACAGUUUGGUUUUGAUAAUUUCCUUCUUAGAGAGAUGAUUGGUGAGGUCACACAGUUUGUAAACUCAGAAUUUGAACAUAACCAGCUAUCAACCCUUUUUAAAGACAAGCCUCCUAAAGUAGCGAGAAAGGAGACUUUAAACUCUCUAGCACUUAUUAAGGCGAACAUCAACUGGAUGAAUGAAAACUAUGACGUCAUAACUAAGUGGUUACGUAAUCAUGUAUCAGGGAUGUUAUGACUGAAUAGCAAUUCUUCUAAAAAUCCAAAGCUUGUUCGAAGUCUGAAUGAAGGAAAAUAACCAUGUGGUUAAUAUAAUCUUCCACUCUAUCAUUUUACUAACAUGACGGCAAACAGCUGAGCUCUAAACAAAUUACCUUGAAGUUUCACCAAAUAUUGACAUUGGCGAAGGUCAGAAAUUAUUAUGAAAGGUGAAGGUGAACGGUUUUAAUUGUUUCAGUGGACUUGAUCUUUGAAUGAUCAUAGACAUGUGGUAAUAUACUUAAAAGGUAACAUAAAAAAAAACAUAGAAAGGUUUUGUAAAUAAUAAAAUAAACAUGUAUUCUUCAUACUGUGGAUAAAUGUGGAUAAAUUUUGAUGUCAAAUGUACAGAAUUAUUUUUAGUGCGCAUGUAGAUGUAAAAUAGCAUUAUGACUUUGUUAAUUCCAAUGUUGACUAUUGUUGCAAAAAUUAGUGUUGUAUCUGUGAAUUUUAAAAAAUAACAUUUUUUGUCAUAAAAUAUCUUAAAGGAAAUCUAAUAGCUAUUUAAUUACGGUUGUUGAAAUAUGCUUAGAUAGUCUUAGCUUUUUAAUGUGUUUAUUGUGUGCAUUUCAUUUUAAGUCUCAUUUCAUUUGACAUGCAAUUAUUCUUAUCUACGAGAGUACUGUAAGAAUUAAAUUUAAAUUUACA